AUGAGUCAAUUUGUUCAAGUAGUGGAUGAUGACGGUGACGAGCCAAUUGAGUUGCCGACGGAGCCUAAUAGCGACUUGUUGUUAUCGACGGUAGUUGCGCAGUUUCCAGGUGUCUGUGGUUUGAAAUAUAAAACUGCAGAAUCUAAAUCGACUCGUGGAGUUCGCUUAGUAGAAGGGAGACUGAUAGCUCCAGAUGAAGGGUGGGCAAGCUAUAUAUUUCUUACAGUCUAUCCAAAAGUCGGUCUUGAAGCACAAAAAAGGAAGGGCGAUCCACUGGAUUAUCCCGGGUCCAAAAGCAAAAAGUUAGAUAAAAUGAGAUGCAGUGAUUUAAUUGUUCUUGGCUUGCCCUGGAAAUCUACGGAAGAUGAUAUUCGGAAAUAUUUUUCUACAUACGGAGAACUGACUAUGGUUCAGCUAAAAGUUGACCACAAGACAAAACAGUCGAAAGGUUUUGGAUUCAUUAGAUUUGCUGAUUAUGAGUCUCAAUUAAAGGCGCUUUCUCAGAAGCAUCUUAUUGAUGGAAGAUGGUGCAACUUGAGAAUACCAAACUCCAAGUGCAGUGUCCAUCCUGAAUUGAGCAAUAAGAUUUAUGUUGGCCGACUCACAGAAGACAUGACUAGCGAAGAUUUGCAUGAGUAUUUCUCACAAUUUGGUGAAGUGAGGGAAGUGUUCAUUCCCAAACCGUUCAGAGCUUUUGCUUUUGUUUCAUUUGCAGAUCCAUUUAUUGCUCAGAGCCUAUAUGGAGACGAUCAUGUGAUAAAAAAUGUUAGUGUUCAUAUUGGAACUGCCACUCCCAAGAAUUCUGAAAGAUAUAUGAAUGAUGGUUAUGGAUCCUGGCAAGGUUUAAUUCACAUUUAA